CUGACAGGGAGAGAGCCUCCGUACUUGCACCCAUAUAAGAACCUCUCGGACUAGCUUUUCAGUUGUUGUAUAUCCAGUCUGUUUGGGCAAUCAUCUCUGCUGUUUACCGUUGAGAACUUUCUGCAUGGUCUCUUUGCAUUUCCACUACAUGAAUUUUUUCUGCUGUCAUUCUCCCUUUCUUUUUCUCUCAAUGUCGUCCACCUUUGUUUACAGGAGGAGGAGCUUGCUGCAAAUGGUGCUUUACACUUGAGAGAAAGUAAAGAAAUGGAGAUGGGAUGUGAUAAAACUGCACGUUCCAUCACCACAAAAAUUGCUGAAGCAAUUAAAGAAGUACAGGAAGAGACAUCUUUUGAAAGAGAGGCUGUGAAGAUUGAAAAGGAAACGACUGACGCAAAGGAAAACAUUCACAUUUAUUACGACAAAGACCGGAAUGUUUCUGUCCAUGAAAAAACUGAGAAUGGUCAGAAUGCUGCAGAAAUGCAACAAAGAAUUAGAUUACUUGAACUAGAUUUAGCAAAAAUAAAGGCAGAGAUGAAAAUGUCAGAGCUUGAGAAAUUUGAACUGAAAAAAGAGUUAGCAACUACAAGGGUGCAACUUGAGGAGAAGAUGAAGCACUCAAAUGAGCUGGAACUGAAGCAGAAGUCCCUUGAUGAAAAACUUGAAUCAGCUGAAGAACAAAUCAGAGAAUAUGAGCACAUGUACUUUUCCCAGAGUGAGGUCCUGCAAGCAGCCCUUAGAUCACAAGACACACUUCAGAAGGAGUUAUCUGAUGCAAAAGAUGCAACAAACAAGUUAACUGCUGUGUUGGAGAUCUAUUGGCAGAAAACCCAGAGACUAGAACAAGAGGUGAAAUCUUCAAAUGCGGAGCCACAAAAGGCUUUAGAAUUGCACAAUCUUUUAGGACUCACUACCAUGAAUGCCAAAGAGAUGGAGAAUCAAAUUAAUGCUCUUCAAAAAGAGACAGAUGAGUUAUAUGGACAAAUUUCUGCUAACCAGCAAGCAGAGAGCACUCCAAUAUCAGAGCUUUCCAUAGUUCAAAAUCAGCUUAAGCUUUUAAAAAUGCAAGAGGCAGAAUUGGAGCAACAGAUCAUCUCCAGGGAAGGAGUUAUUUCUCAGGUGGAAGGGCAACUAAAUAUAACCAAAGAACCAGAAGAGAGGUCAAAAGGUGACAUUUUAGCUUUGGAAAAUUUGCUUAUAGCAUGCAAGAAAGAUCUUCAAUCUAAAACAACUGAAUUAAAAGAGUUAAAUCCAAAGCUAAUGGAUGAGAGGAAGAAAACAAUCCAGUUGGAAGAUAACCUAAAGAAUCAAGAAGCCCGUUUCUUGAUCAUUGAAGAGGAGCUGUCCAAUAUGACUAAAAUGAAAGACGAUGCAGAAGCCACUGUGUCUUCACUUAACCAUGAGAUUCAUCAUUUGCAGCAAUUAGUCCUUGAUCUUGAAACCAAAUUAAAGUUUUAUACAAAUAAAUCUGCAGAGUCAGAACCACAUUUGGAGCAAGCAUUGUCACAUUUUUCUGAGUUGGAGCAAAAGUUGCAUUCUCUGCAUAUCCUCCAUGAUGAAUCUGAGAUUAGAGCAGGAGAUGCCAUAAAUUUAAACAUUGAAUAUGAGAAGAAGCUUCAAGUCUCUAAUGCAGCAAGAGAAGCUGCAGAAUCAAAAUUUAGAAUAAAUGAACAAGAAGCGACCCAUAAAAGGCAGAAGGACCUGGAUUGUGGAGAACAGCUAAAUCUUCCCACUCUGUGUAGUUCUGAGACAGAUAGAAGUGUGAAAGAAUUCCAAGAAGAUUCAUUUGAGCUGUCUAAGUCUCUGCAACAGGUUAAAGAAGAAAAAGAGCAUUUGGAAACCCAAAUAAGAGAAUACAAAGAUAUGAUUGUCUCCUUAGAAUUUUCACUCAGUCAAUCUUCUCAGAGGAACUCUGAGCUGGAGAAAGGUGUAAAAGGGAUGGCAGAGAGAUUGGCAGAACAUGAAAACAAGGCCACUGCCACUCAUCAAAGAUUCCUUGAGAUGGAACAUCUCAUUCAGGCAUCACAUUCCAAAGCUGAGGAUGCAAGAAGAAAGGUAAGAGAGCUUGAACUACAAUUGAGUAAUUCAGAGCAGAAAAAGAAGGACCUUGAAGAACAUUGCAGAUCCAUAGAAACAAAAUAUGUAGAAGUAAAGAACGAAUCCAAGCAAUAUUCGGAUAUACUGUCUAAAAUCUCCUCUGAACUAGAGGCUUCCAUCACAGAAGUAUCUAAUUUGGAGGUUUCUUCACAAAGUGCAAAAAAGCAAGAGACAGAACUAAUGGAAAAUCUAAGAAAGCUAUUGGAAGAAAGAAAUAGACUUUUAGAUGAGAUUAGCCACACUGAAUUAGUUUUGGGUCGGUCAAAUCUGAAAGUUAAGGACCUGGAAAGUAAUCUGAUCACUGCAAUGGAGAAAUGUGAGGAACACGAGCAUCAUGCCAACAUUACUCACCAGCAAAGCCUUGAGCUUGAAGAACUAAGUGAUAUGUCUCAGUCCAGAGCAGAUGUUGCAGAAAAAAAAGUAGCCGAGCUAGAAGUACUUCUGAAGAGUUCAAAAGAGAAGGAACGUGAGUCUGAAGUCCAUAUAAGAACAAUAGAAGAAAAGUUGUUGGAUGCAAAAAAAGAAUGUGAAGGUUACACCUCCAAGGUUUCCAAACUUUCACAAGACCUAGAAGUUUCUCUGGAAAAGGUGUCCAAGUUGGAGCUUGCACAGCAAAAUCAAAACAUGAAAGAGACCAAGUUGGAGGAACAAUUGGCCUUGGUUAUCGCAGAGAAGGAAAUUCUUGAAAACAAAAUCGACCAAGUUGAAUCUGAUCUGAGCUGGUCAACUUUGAGGAACUUGGACUUGGAACAAGAACUGAAAGUGACAAAAGAAAAGUGUUCUUAUUGUGAGAGUCGGGCCAACAUAAAUCACCAGAGGUCUCUUGAGCUUGAAGGUCUAAUCCAAGUGGCAAACUCCAAAGCAGAGGAUGCAGAAGCGAGGCAUGAAAAGUGUGCUUCCAAGUUGUCCAAACUUUCAGAAGAUUUAGAGAUUUCUCAUGCAAAAGGAUCAAGUUUGCAGUCCGCUGUGCAGGAUGCAAAGAGAGAGGAAAGAGAGUUAAGGGACCAUUUGGCUCUAGUUAUAGAAGAGCGAGAGAAAUUUGAAGAUAAAAUCAAACACUUGGAGUCUGAUCUUGAUCAUUCAUCUUUUAAGAAGUUGGACCUAGAACAAGAACUGAAAAUUGUCAAAAAGAAAUUAUCUGAACAGGAGAAUCUUGCCAACAUGAAUCAACAGCAUUGCCUUGAGCUUGAAUACCAACUACAAUUAUCCAAUUCCAAAUCAAUGGAUCAAGAAAAGGAGAUAGCAGAGCUCAACCUACUACUAGAGAACUCAAUGGAAAAACAAAAUGAGCUUGUAGAACAUUUUAGAUCCACGAAAACAAGAAGCAUGGAGAUGGAAAGUGAAUUCAAGCAAUGUUCUAAAAAGUUAGCUGAGAUUUCCACAGAACUUGAGGCCUCUUCUGCAAAAGCGCUUAAUUUUGAGGUCGCUUUACAAGAUGCAGAAGAAAAGGAGAAGGAACUAACAGAAAGUGUAAAAAAAGUCGUGGAAGAAAGAAAUAAGCUUUCUAGUGAGAUUAAUCAUCUUCAAUCAGCUUUGCAUCAAUCAAAACUGAAAACUGAUGAACUGGAAACUGAUCUGGUAGUUACCAUGGAGAAAUGUGUGGAACAUGAGUGUCAUGCUAAUCUCAUGCGCCAGCAGUCCCUUAAGCUUGAGGACUUGAUCCAGAUCUCGCACUCCAAAGAACAGCAUGAAGAACAAAAGGUGAUUGAACUAGAAAAACUGCUCAGGAACUCAAAAGAGAGAGAACGUGAGUUUGAAGAGCAAGUAAGGUCUAUGGACAUAGCAUUCCUGGAUGCAAAAAAGGAAUGUGAAAGGUACGCCAACAAAGUCUCCAAGCUCUCACAAGACCUGGAAGCCUCCCUAGAAAAAGUGUCAAUUUUGGAGCUUGCGCAGCAUGAUGCAGGCAUAAAGGAGGAAGGGUUAAAGGAAGAUCUAGCUCUGGUUGAUGCAGAGAAGGAAAAUUUUGAAAAGAAAAUCAAGAAAUUGGAAAGUGAUCUGGAUAAGUCAACUUUAAGGAACUUAGAACUAGAACAAGAUCUAGAAGUGAUCUCAGAGAAAUGUUCUGAGUACGAAGGUCUUGCCAACGCAAAUGAAAAGAGAUGCCUUGAGCUUGAAGGGCUCAUCCAAAUAGCAAAUUCCAAAACAGAGGCUGCAGAAGCAAAACAUGAAACAUAUGCUUCCAAGGUUUCUGAACUUUCGAGCAACCUGGAGGCUUCUGUAGCAAAAGCGUCAAGUUUGGAGCGCUCAUUGCAUGAUGCAAACACUAAGGAGAAUGAUUUAAAGGAAUAUUUGGCUCUUGUUGUGGCAGAGCAUGGGAAUUUUGAAGAUAAAAUCAAGCAGUUUGAGUUUGAACUGAGUCAAUCAACUUUGAGAAAGUUGGAGCUAGAACAGGAACUGGAAGCCACAAGGAAAAGAUGCAAGGAACAGGACACUGCUAACAGGAAUGAACAAAGAUGUAUAGAGAUUGAACACCAAGUCCAAAUGUCUAAUAUGAAAGCAGAGGCUGGAAAAAGGGAAUGUGAAAAGUAUGCUACUCAAGUUUCCAAGCUUUCAGAAGACCUACAAGAUCGUCUAAAGAAAAUAUCUUUCCUGGAGUCUGCCCUGCGCAAUGCAAAUGAAAAAGAGAAUGAUUUGAAGGAAAAUUUGCACUUGGACAUGCUAGAAAGAAAACGUUUUGAAGCUAAGGUCAUGCAAUUGCAAUCUGAGUUAGAUGAUCUGACUGCAAGAAACUCUGACUUGGAGCAGAAGUUUAAAGUUGUCACUGUUAAAUGUACAGAACAUGAAGGGAGAACCAGUUUGAUUAGGCAGAAAAGCCUUCAUCUUGAAGACCUGGUCCAAAUAUCACAGUCCAAAGCCCAGGAUGCAGUGAGAAAGGUGGGUCAUCUGGAGCUACUACUGAAAGAGUCAGUGCAGAAAAACCGUGAAUUAGAAGAGGAGCUAUCUUCUGCAAGAGCAGAAUGUAAGCAAUAUGCUGACAAAUUGUCUGAAACCUCUCUGGAACUGGAAGCUUCUUUGGUGAAUGCUUCAGCUUUGGAAAUUGCACUAGUAGAUGCAAAUGAAACAAAGGUAGACCUGCAGCAAAAAAUUCACUUCAUUACAAAAGAAAAGGAAAAAUUAGAAGAUGCAACAAAUGAUUCCAAUGCUAAGCUUUCUCAAAUGGAGAACCUUCUGGAACUCUUGCAACAUGAGCUGAGGACGACCCAGCAAAAACUUGUCACUGUUGAAAAAGCUGUUGAAGGUGCUGCUAAGAAGGAGAUUGAACUUCUGAUGAAACUCGAAGUCUCCGAGGAGCAGCUCAGUAAGCAGAGAUUCAUUAUUGAACAAUCCACUACGAAGUGCCAACUACUGGAAUCACAGUUUGCAGAAGCUGACCUGAAACUCCAAGAAGCAACUGAAAAAAUUGCCCUGCGAGACUCUGAAGCCAAAGACUUGAUGGACAAGUUGAACGUUCUUGAAAAGCAAGUUGCCGACUACCAAGAAGAGGCCAUGGAAGCAUCUGCAGGCAGCAAAACUCUGGAGGCUCAACUGGAAGAACAUUUGGCAAAAUUGGUUUCUCUGGAAGAAGUUUGUGAUGCAUUGAAAAGUAAAGUUUCCGAAGGAGAAAACAAAGCAAAAAUGUCAGCAUCGGAAAAUGAAGUGUUGGUUGGGACAACCAUGAAACUCAAAGAUGAGUUGAGGACUUACCAUGGCAAGAUAUGCGAGUUGGAACAGAUGCUUCAAGCUUUACAGACUGAAAAGGAAGCAAUGAUGGAAGAAAUUGAGUUCCGUAAGAAAAGUGUAAACGAAUUAAAUGAUAGGCAUGCCAAAACUCUGGAACUUUACUCUGCAGCAGAAUCUCGCACUUUAGAGGCUGAACAAAAGCUUUAUGAAGCCAUAGAGAGGCACAAGCUCAGGGACAGUGACGCUAAAGAGCUGUACGAGAAUUUGGAAGUUAUUGAGUCUCAAUUAAGAAUUUAUCAGGAACAAGCUGCAGACGCAGAAGAGAUAAUUGAAAAUCAAAGGACUCAGAUGGAGGAAACAUUAUCUAAACUGGUACACUUGGAAAGUUUCGUUAAAGAACUUCAAAGCAGCUACAGCAAACUCAAGGACGAGAAUGACGCUCUAGCUGAAACCAAUACGAAACUCACGCAGGAAUUAACUUCAAAUCAGACCCAAAUGUCAAUACUACAGGAAAGUCUCACCUCAUCUCAAGCAGAAGCUAAUGACAUUGUUCGACAACUUGAUGAAUGCAAGAAGGCCAUAGCUGAGUUGAGAGAACAACACGAAGUCGGACGGAAGAAACUCGAGUCUCAGUUAUCAUCCGCCAUGAGUGAGAAUCACGCCUUAAAUGAAAUGUAUCAGAACGCUCUCAAGGAACUCGAAGCAGUAAAGUCUGAACUGGAAGAUGAACUAAAUGAAGGGAAGACAAGAGAAGUCAACCUCUGUGCAGAUAUUGAGAACCUCCGAGCUGAGGUUGCAGAAAAAUCCACUCUGCUUUCACGUAUUGAGGAUUUGGAGCUAGAGUUGGAGUUGUCAGAAAACAAGUUCAAGGAGCAGAUGGAGAUAGGAUCAUGGAGCGACUUAGAGAGGGAAUCCUCUCUCAAAAAUGCACUGGCGGAACUUGAAGCUAAGGAUCAUCAAGCAUCGGUGCUAGAAAAGCAAAUUGAAGAGUACAGAGGCCAACUGGAUCGAUCCACCUCAAGUUUGGAACCAAAGGUGAAGGGAAGAACGGAGGAGAAGCCAAAAAGAAAAGGAAAAAGGAAAGCAGAGGAGGCAACUCAGGCCGUGGAAGCUUCACCGUUGCUGGGGUUAAAGCUCAUAUUGGUGGUAGUAUCGGUGUCGCUUAUCGUGGGUGUUCUUCUUGGCAAAAGAGUCUAG